AUGUACAAGGAAGAUUUCAGGAAUAUGACUGAAGAAAAUAUGGCUAGCAAUGGCUCCUCCUCUUCCUUCAUCCACACGAACUCCAUGAGUGCCAUCCUGAUUACUGUCUACUCAGUUGCCUUUGCUGGAGGUGGGAUAGGGUCCAUUGCAAUGUCAUUUGUGCUGGUCAAGAUGAACACUCUGUCCGUGACCACCACAGCCAUCAUUAACCUGGUUGUGGUGCACUGUCUCCUUCUCCUCACAGUGCCCUUCCGCCUGCACUACUAUGUCAACAAGGAAUGGGUCUUCCAGAUGCCAUUCUGCAAAAUGGUGAGUGCUAUGGUGCACCUCCACAUGUACCUGACCUUCCUAUUCUACGUAAUUACGCUGGUGAUCCGGUGGCUGAUCUUCUUUCAAUGGAAGGAUAAGGUAGAAUUUUAUAGGAAGCUGCAUGCCAUUGCCGCAAGCAUUGCCGUGUGGAUCUUCGUCAUUGUCUUUGUGGUGCCACUCUUCUGCAUUGAGUACGGACGCUCAGGGACAUAUGAUAAUAAAACAUGCUUUAAGUUCCACAAAGAGCUGCAGCAGGACAGUGUGAAAAUCCUGAACUACCUAAUAAUUGUGGCCGUCGCCUGUAUUACUUGUGUUCUCUUGAGCUUGCAGAUUUUCAUUCUGAUAAAAGUGUCAAGAAAACUCUCCACCUCCCUCUGGUCACACCAAGAGUUCUGGGCCCAGGUGAAAAACUUGAUUUUCAUCUGUGUCAUCAUAAUUUGCUUCCUUCCCUAUCACCUCUUUAGGGCCUACUACAUACAGCACGUGAAUGACUAUGAACAGUUAGAAAGCUACAAUGAAGUUUUUUUGAGUCUGACUGCACUCAGCUGCCUGGAUCUGCUGUCAUUUGUGCUGAGCGGAAGCCGCCUCUUCAAGCAAAAUGUGGCUGUGCUUCGAAGCAGGUUGUCUUGCUGCUAG